AUGCAUACGGAGUACACCAACAUGCUAACCCAAAACAGUCUUGAGCUUUAUCACGCCGCCACCUCCGUCCACCCAACCGGGAACCUCUUAAUUUCUCCGACCUCCAUCAUGUACGCUGCCAUGCUGCUUUACCUCGGCGCCGGCAACACCACGAAAUCCAACCUCGACACGGCUCUCCACUUUGACACGGCCUUCCAAGGCAACAAGUCACGGGCGCUAGCGGCCCUCGUCCACACUCUCCAUGACCUUUCCCCUGCCCAUCCCGGCCGUGAGGUUCUCCGCAUGAACAACGGGCUCUUCCUACAAAAAGGCCGUGAAUUUCGUCUACAGUACAUCGACGACUGCCUGGAACUGCUGGCAAAGGUGGAGACGAAAGAUUUCCGUAAACCGAAACAAGCUCUGAACGAGAUUAACUCCUGGGUCGCCAAUGCCACAGCCGGAAAGAUCCCGGAAGCGUUAUCCCCGGCAAAUAUCAAACAAGAAACGAUCGCGGUGUUGGUGAAUACUCUAUACUUUAAUUCCCACUGGCUGAAACGCUUCAACCCCAAAGCAACGGUUACCAGAAAUUUUACACUGUUGAACGGUGAAGAAGUGGAAAUUCCCAUGAUGAAGAUUAGUGGGAAUUUCCCGUAUGCGGAAGACGACAAAGUGCAGUAUCUGGCGCUGGAUUAUGUUGGCAAAAGUGUGCGAAUGAUUAUUAUGCUGCCGAAGAAGAAAGACGGAUUGCGGGAACUGGAAAAGAGUAUUACGAUUGGCGGACUGCAAAAAGCGUUCGGUGUGACCUUGAGGAAGCGGCUGAUCCAUGUGGCCCUGCCGAGAUUCAAAUUAGCCAGUGAUGUGGACUUGAAAGCGGUGAUGCGCCGGAUGGGUGUUGCGGAGGCAUUUAACGACAAGGCCAAUUUCACGGAGAUGGUGGAAGGCGACGAUGUGCAUGUGGGCACUGCCAUUCAUAAAACGUUCAUCGAUGUAGAUGAAAAGGGCACGGAAGCGGCAGCGGUGACGGUUUUAUCGAUGACACGUUCGGCGCGGCCUUUCUUUGUUCCCCGAGUGCGGCAGGUGUUCUUUACGGCCGAUCAUCCUUUCAUGUUCGCCAUUCAACAUACGGCAAGCCAAGCCAUUCUGUUCCUUGGACGCGUAGAACAUCUCAAGGGGUGA